AUGGCGAGCUUGCGGACGGGCCAGAACCUGCUGCGCAGGGCCAACUCUGGCGUAACGAGAAUCACCACUCUUCAAACCUCGACCUCCUCUCCCCAAGCCGCCCUCUGGCAAGCCUACGCCCAGCAUGCCUCCUCCACAGCAGCAGCAGCGCCUUCCCCGUCCACGAUCCACCGGCGGCCCUUCUCAGGCACCAGCCUAGCCGCAGCGAAGAAGAACAAGUCCAAGCUGCACUCGGGCGGCACCGUAGACCCGGCCCACCGCGACGACGCCGUGUCGGCCGUCAGGUCGGACCCCAAGGCCAAGGCCAAGGGCGGCGCCGCGGCGGCGGCGGCCGCCACGGCGGACUACAACUUUGACGCGCUGGAGGAGGCGUGGGGGCGCACCGACCGGUUCCACGCCGACAAGCUGAAGCAGCUGCGCGCGGGCGGGCGCUUCAACCCGGACGUCAUCGGCAAGCUGCCCGUGCGCAUGGCGCACCACCACCACGACGACCAGCCCGUCGCGAGCCCCCACAAGGGCGGCGGCGGCAAGAAGGAUGCGGCGGCGGCAGCACCGCCGGCGGGCGGGACGGUGGUGCCGCUGGACCAGCUGGCCAUGGUGGUGCCGCAGGGCGGCCGCACGAUCGAGAUCCGGCUGCACGAGGCGAGCUCGAAGAAGUCGGUCAUGAGCGCCGUGCAGGCGAGCCCGGACUUCAACCAGCAGCCGCAGGCGGACCCGGACAACGAGCUCGUGCUGCUGCUGCGCAUCCAGCCCGAGCCGGCGGACGCGCAGGUCAAGCGCGUCAAGGAGGUGUGCCGCGAGUGGCGGGAGCAGGUGCGCCUGGCGGGCCAGAAGAGGCACAAGAUGCACCAGGCGUGGAAGAAGGACAAGAGCGCCACCCCGGACGACGUGCACCGCCUGGACAAGGAGCUGCAGAAGCUGCAGGACAAGAAGAUGGAGGCGAUCGACCGGACGGAGAAGGAGGCGCUGAAGCAGGUCAGCAAUAGCCAGAGGAGCUUCUAG